GUUCUAAGCAACUGGUUGGUGAAAAUUAAGAUCAAUAUUUCAGAAUUCAAAUAAAAAGGAUGCUUCUUCAGCAUCCUUCGAGGAACGAAGAUGAAUUCAUAUUCUCUGCAGUAAUCAACCUGCAUACAUCUAUAUCAUUGCUGUAGUUAACGUGAAUCAAAAUCCUUUUAUCAGAAAGAUAGUGCAUUAGGAAUAUAUAUAUAUGUUGGAAUUUUAAAACUAUGCACUGGUCAUAAUUCAGUUAACGCAAUACAAAACAAACAAGAUCUUUCUCUUUUCAUCAAAAUCUUCAUAAGGUAAUGCAUCAUAGUGGUCAAGAUACUGACGCCAAUAUUAUACAAGAUCAAUUAUUAGAAGAUAUAAAGAAAGAUGAUUAUAAGCAAAAUACAAUUAUAGAUAUCAAACCUUUCAAACAAUGGAGUUAUUCUGAACAAAUACCUAGCAGCCAAAACAAACUAUCUAUAAAUUUAAAUCAGAUUAUGAAACAAUUAUCAAGAAAAAUGUGUAAGCAACUCCUUCUUCCAAAUGAGUAUACGUCUUUAAAAUCUGCGCCACAAUUAGAAAAUUCGUUAAAUAUUGUCAAAUCUAUUUCAAAUAAAGUCUUAUACGCGAAGUUUAGGGAAAAUGGUCAAGCAGCUGAGCAAAAUCAUAAAAGCAUCAAAGAAUUUUAUGUAAAUAGUAAUUAUACGAAUUUUGACGAUUAUCAAUACAAGGACUUUGGCUGUGGUUUAAGUGAUAAAAAUGGAGAAAUUUUGGAAUACAUUCUAAGUGAGAUGAACAAACAUUCGCCUAGAAGAUAUACUUAUCGGUCUUUUCCAAAGAAAACAGCUCUUUCUCGUAAUGGAAUGCAAAAUGCUGGUACUCAAGUUGUAUGCAAACAUAAAUGCCACAGAGAUGGAAAGUGUUCAGCAGUCGAUGGUUGCUUAUACUUAUCCAACAACAACCAAGUAGACGCAAAAACCACCAUCGCGGAACAGUUUCAAGCCGAUUUGAACAAAAUGAUGCAUGAAAUGGCAAUCAAUUGGCGUAAAAUGGAGAGCAAUAUACAAAAUGAUGAUCUUGGAACGACGACCCCAUUUUAUUUGACUGACCAUCCCUUUUUGAUUAACGUAUUGAGAAAUCAAAAAGAAACCAAGAAUCUUUCCUCAAUAGCUGACGAUUUAUAUUCUCUUAGAAAUUCCUUCGAAUUUCUCAAACCCAAGUCUCAUCAGUCCUUACCUAAAAUAACUAAUGAUUCACAGUUUUCGUCUACGAUGUGGCAAAAAGUAACGGAAUUAUGGAAUCGUUUGAUGCAGGAAGAACGACUAUUCUGGCAAGGACAGUUAUUAAGUAAAACUAAAUUUAAUUAUUCUGAUGACGAAGUGAUUGAUAAAAAAUCUCUCUUGAAUGAUAUCAAUCUUUUCCAUACGGAAGAGUUACGUACAUUAUGGAAGCAAAUUUAUGAAAGUUGGGUACCACGCGAUUAUCUACAAUAUUUUUCAGAUGAAACAAGGAAAGUCUUUGUCAACUUAAAUCUUGUCAUUGAGAAAUUACUUUCUUUUGUUGAGAAAAGUAACCAUGACACAUCAUCGCUGCGUUUACACUGCAAAUUAGAAUCGUUGAGAACUUCAAAAUGUGACUCCAGGCAGUAUACAGUAAAUCACCAGCAAUGGCAGCAACCUUAUUAUGCAAGAAGAAAUUCACUGUACAUUAAUGCUCCUAAAAUGAGUAAGAGAUUAUCGCAUUCAUGUAGUUCAAUUGAUAAGAUUUUCAAUUCAUCAGAACCAUCCAACGACCACCUAUCAUUUCAGGGUGAAAGUAGAAUAAAUUUUAAUCAAAUCAGAGAGUUGUUAAAAAUGAGGUGUUGUCAUCAGCAGCUACUGGAACAAAUUUAUCAUGUAACUGAAAUAGUCAGUGCUGCACUUGACACAGAUAUGGAAGAUGCUAUCAAUGGAGCUUACUAUUCUGUGCCUCAUGCUUGUAACAAUAAUGAGUGUAAAACGUUUGAAGGAAACGAUGUGCUUAUAAAUCCAUCUGCACCAGGUUUACAGGUUGUAGCUAAAUUGCAUAGUGCAAUACUUGAUUUAGAAACAAGACUAGACACAAUGUAUGAUAAUCAAAUUGUGGCAGAAAAUAUAACGAACUCUUGUGUUGAUUUUGAGUGUGAUAGAGGUGCUGGACAUCCUUCAAUUCAUAAAAGUUACUCAUUUGAUUAUGCCCAAAACACAAAAGAAUCAUCAGGUAUUUGUUCUUCAGAGUUAUCAAACACAAAUGAGUUAAAAGGAACGUUAAUGAAUGUCUGCAAGAAGUUGAAACUCAUAAAUAUAGUUGAAGACAAAAGGGAAAUGGAAAGGUGUGAAACAGAAAGUAGCAACAGAGAUUGUAAACGUUCAGUGGAAUGUUAUCGAAUUUCUUCGGAUAGCUGUAACUAA